CCUCACCACCUCCCCUUUCCCGGGCGGCCUCAAGGUGGCCGCGUCCGGGAAACAAGGACUUUUGCCUUUGAACUUUCUUCUGUUUCAUGGAGGACACUUAGGCUUGUGAGGGUGGUCUCUGAACUAGAACCGCUGGGACAUGGCAGACGUCAGCUCCUAGGUUGUCAGCACGUUCUCAGUCGGACCCGAAAAGUAUAAUUUGGAACUUCUUCACUCCAGCUGAAGCAGAGAUACGCAUUACCCACAAAAGAAGAGCCAUGGGCUGCAACCCGCCGUGCCUCCUCCCCUACAGACUACGUCUGCUGCUGUUCUUUACCCUGUGCCUGACUGUGGUUGGAUGGGCCACCAGCAACUAUUUCGUGGGUCCCAUUCAAGUGAUCCCCAAGGCAAAGGACUUCAUGGCUAGUUUCCACAAGGUCAUUCCUUUGGGGAAGGAAGAAACGCUGGCCCAUGAUGUCAUGGAAAAAGCAGAACUUGGCAGCUGCCCUUCUGUGUCUCCAAACCUUAGAGGCCAGAGCAAGCUCAUUUUUAAACCAGACCUCACUUUGGAGGAAGUACAGGCAGAGAACCCCAGAGUGUCCGGAGGCCGGUGUCAUCCCGAGGGAUGUAAGGCCUUGCAGCGGGUGGCCAUCCUCAUUCCCCACCGGAACAGAGAGAAGCACCUGAUAUACCUGCUGGAGCACCUGCACCCCUUCCUGCAAAGGCAGCAGCUGGACUAAGGCAUCUACAUCAUCCACCAGACUGGAAGUAAGAAGUUUAAUCGAGCCAAGCUCCUGAAUGUGGGCUAUCUGGAGGCUCUCAAGGAGGAAAACUGGGACUGCUUCAUAUUCCACGACGUGGAUUUGGUGCCGGAGAAUGACUUCAACCUUUACACGUGUGGCGAUCAGCCCAAGCACCUGGUGGUUGGCAGGAACAGCACUGGCUACAGGUUACGCUACAGUAAAUAUUUUGGGGGUGUUACUGCCCUCAGCAGAGAACAGUUUUUCAAGGUGAAUGGAUUCUCUAACAACUACUGGGGAUGGGGAGGCGAAGACGAUGACCUCAGACUCAGGGUUGAGCUCCACAAAAUGAAAAUCUCCCGGCCUGAUCCUGAUGUGGGCAAAUACACUAUGAUCUUCCACACCAGAGACAAGGGCAACGAGGUGAAUGUGGACCGGAUGAAGCUGUUAAACCAGAUGUCACGAGUCUGGAAAACAGAUGGCCUAUCAAGUUGUUCUUACAGAUUACUCUCUGUGGAACACAAUCCUUUAUAUAUCAACGUCACAGUGGACUUCUGGACUGGUGUGUGACCUGGAUCUUUGGAUGGGGUUCAGGAGAAGUGAUGACUUGUCAUAAUUAUGGCCUAGAGACUUCCAUAGUAGCGCACACUAAGGACUCACUCCAGAUAAUUAUUAGGCCGGAUUUUUCCAUUUUGUGUUUUCUCGGCCGUGCUCUUGGUCAUGGGGAAUGUAGAGCCGUCAUAAAGAGACAGCUUUCCUAGUUGUUCUGAUCCCAGCAAUGAGGUGUAAUGCACAGACUGGAUGGACUAAAGAUAAAAGGAUGCAAUGAAGGCUACCUGGGAGCCGUGUCCUCGAAGGAUCGACUCCAGCAAAGCAUCAGGGGAUUAAAGAGUGGGGAACAAAAUCCCCGUGUGUCCUAGAGAGCCAGAACUGCUAGGCCCGAGAUAGAAAGGUACUAAGAUGUGUUUCUGUCACGCGUGUAUCCUAUGUGGCCAUCUGAGAAGCGGUGGAUUCCGGAUGAGAAGAAGGCCGUAGAGGAGCGGAACAAAGUCAGGAAUCAGACCCCACGAACCCAGCAAUGAAGAGGUGACGAAGGGGGAGUGUGGCGUGAACUGGCAGCAGUGACUGCUGCCCCCAGUCCUCCGUGCUGUUCGCUUCCUCAUCGGAAACACCUUCCAGCCUGUGGCCACCCGACCUUGAAUGUACCAGUCUCUUCAGAGGCACUUGCCAGCAAGAGCCCACCAGAGAACACUCUCUCCUAGUUUUUAAAGCAUUUUUUAUAAAAUGAUUUUGUACACAUAGGAUAUGAAUGAACAGUUUAUAAGCUAGAGUACCUCUGUAGUAAAAGAUGAAAAUGC